CCUCUAUUUAUAUUUUUGCUCAAAAAAAAGAGAAAGAAAAUAUCCUUUGCUUUCUUCGAUUACUUCCGAACUUUACACUGCAAAGCGUCCGCUCUCUUUCUCUCUCACCUUUCAAAGCUUCUUAGCUUAUUUGCUCUACACCUAGAACUCUGAAUUGCCUUGCAAGCUUGUUUAAAUAGAUACAUAAGAUGCCAAGACCAAAGGCAAAUACUGCUGCUGAGUCAGUGGAAUCUGAAGGACCAAGUGAGCCUGAACAGGCUGUUGAGUCUGACGAGAGGGUUGAUCUUGAUGAAGACAACGAUCCUGAGGAGACCAUGGAGGAAGAGGUGGAGUAUGAAGAAGUGGAGGUAGAAGAAGAAGAGGAAGAAAUAGAAGAGGAGGUGGAAGAAGAGGUUGAAGAAGAAGAUCAAGAUAAUGAAAAUGCCAAUGGGGCUGAUGCUGAUGAGACAAAACUUGAAGAUGGGGACGAAAAGAAGAAACAUGCUGAGCUUCUUGAUCGUCCUCCUCAUGGUUCUGAAGUAUAUAUUGGAGGCAUUCCACAUGAUGUUUCUCCGGAGGAUUUGAAAGACUUUUGUGAAUCUGUUGGAGAAGUUACUGAGGUUCGGAUAAUGAAAGGUAAAGAUUCAAGUGAAAACAAGGGCUUUGCAUUUGUGACCUUUAGAAGCGUAGAGUUGGCCUCUAAAGCCAUUGAUGAGCUAAACAAUGCUGAAUUUAAGGGUAGAAAAAUUAAAUGUUCUACAUCCCAAUCAAAGCAUCGAUUGUUUAUUGGUAAUAUUCCUAGAAGCUGGGGAGAGGAAGACCUGAGGAAGGUUGUGUCAGAGGUUGGGCCUGGAGUUACUGGUUUGGAAUUGGUGAAGGAUAUGAAGAACUCAAGUAAUAACAGGGGCUUUGCCUUUGUUGAGUACUAUAACAAUGCAUGUGCUGAGUAUUCGAGGCAGAAGAUGAUGAACCCAGAAUUCAGGCUGGGUGAUAAUGCUCCAACUGUGAGCUGGGCUGAUCCUAAAAAUGCUGAUUCUUCUGCUGCUUCUCAGGUAAAGGCAGUUUAUGUAAAGAAUUUGCCAAAGGAUGUGACACAAGAUCAGUUAAAGAAGCUAUUUGAACAUCAUGGAAAGAUCACAAAAGUGGUUCUGCCUCCUGCAAAACCUGGACAAGAGAGAAAUAGAAUUGGUUUUGUUCAUUUUGCAGAGAGAUCUUGUGCCAUGAAAGCGCUGAAAAACACAGAAAAAUACGAAUUGGAUGGGCAAGUUGUGGAAUGUUCUCUUGCAAAACCACAAGCAGAUCAAAAGACUGCUGGGAGUUCAAGUUCUCAGAAUUCAGGUUUUCUUCCUGGUUAUCCACCUCAUGUUGGCUAUGGUCUGGUUGGGGGUGCCUAUGGUGCUCUAAGUCCAGGAUAUGGUGUUGCAGGCCUUGCACAGCCCUUAAUCUAUGGUAGGGGACCAACCCCUACUGGCAUGUCAAUGAUGCCAAUGCUUCUACCUGAUGGACGGAUUGGAUAUGUUCUGCAACAACCAGGAACUCAACCUCAAAGCCCACCUGUACAUCAGAGAAGUAGUAGGGGUGGUGGCAAGAGUGGUGGCAGCUCAAGCAGGGGAAAACACAGCAAUGAUAGUAGGCGGUAUCGCCCCUAUUGAUUGCUCAUAUUAGAUGAUUAUAGUUGUGGAUGGAGAGUGUACUCAAUCAUUCCCUUGCACUCUCCUCAAAAGUGUUCAUUUUUAAGUUAUAACCAAACUGCCUGGUUUAUUGUGUGUGAUUGGGAAUUGCUGUACGUAAUGGUUGUCUAUGGAAUCAGCUAGUUCAUUUGUUGAUGUGCUUAUUUAUGUUGCAGCGGUCAUCUUAAUAUAAUAAUGUGCCUGUGUUUAUUGAAA